UGCUCUACUCUACUGCUAUUACACCAACCCAUCAUCAGUCCAUCAGAUCAGAUCUACUCUCUCUCUCUCUCUCUCUCUCUCUCUCUCUCGCAUUCAUUACUCGAUGACGUAAAAGUCACAGAAAGAGAGAAAGAAAGCUUCUUGUCGUGUUUGCCUUCGCAUCUAUUGCUCUCUCUCUCUCUCUCUCUCAACAACACAGAAGAACAACACAUUGUGCUUUAUGGAGUUCCUGAAUUCCUAGUCUCGUAGAUAUGAAUCGCACUCUGAAGGAGUCUGUGAUCGGCGGCAGGAAUGGUCAGCACCGGCGAGGUCUCAGCCUCACCGGAAUGUCCAGGGAUAUCGACGAGAACUUGGAUCUCUUCUCGAGAAAUCGUCGGACUCUCUCUGUCACGUCGUCCGAUGAAUCCGACCUUUCAGUGAAACUGGGGAGACUUUCUGUUGGAUCAGCAAAAUUGGCCAAGAGUGGAAUGGAUGAUCUAUUGUCGUCCACUGACGGUGGGAAGCACGACUAUGAUUGGCUUCUCACUCCUCCUGAAACUCCUCUUUUUCCUUCCUCAAAUGGAAUUGAGUCUCAACAAUCAUCAGCAGCUCCAAGAAGCAGUUCUUUGGCUCGAUCAGUUUCUACAACAAAGGCCUCAAGGCUUUCUGUGUCGCAGUCAGAGAGCAACCAUUCCUCAAGACCAAUCCGAAGCAGUUCAGUGACUCGCUCUUCAAUCUCUAGUGCCCAGUAUAGUACCUACUCAAACAAAUCUACUUCAGUUCUCAACACAAGCUCAGUUUCGAUCUCCUCUUACACAAGACCGUCCACCCCUACUGCUCGUUCCUCAUCUACAGCAAGACCUUCCACUCCAUCUGCUCGUCCAGCAUCAUCCCGAUCCUCAACUCCUUCUAGAGCUCGUCCAUCACUCACCAGCUCCUCCAUUGAGAGAACUAGGCCAUCCCAAAAUUCAAGACCUUCAACUCCAACUUCUAGACCCCAAAUUUCUGCAAAUUUGAGCAACCCAGCCACCAGGUCUGCUUCUCGGCCCUCAACACCUACUCGGUGGAAUUCGGCUCCUCUUUCAUCUCCAGCAGCUGCCCCUUCUUUAUCUCCAGCAGCAGCACCUUCAGCUUCAGUCGGGCGUGUUCCAUCAAAUGGACGCACUGCAGUAACAUCAUCCCGACCUAGCUCCCCAAGCGCUCGGAUAAGGCCCCCACCACAACCAAUAAUCCUGCCUGAUUUCUCUCUUGAGACACCUCCAAACCUGCGGACAACAUUGCCAGACAGGCCACUUUCUGCUGGUAGGUCCAGGCCUGGUGUGGCUGUUACUGUAAAGGGGAAUGUAGAGAACCCUUCUGCCAGUUUACCAAGAAGACAGCCAUCACCAAUUGCCUCUAGAGGAAGAGUCACCGAACCCAGCGCAAGAGGCCGUUUGCAUGCCAAUGGACAGGCUAUUGAUACAAUGGAGUCUCGUAAGUCGUCACAUGUGUUGGAAUUGUCAACGCGUAAACCUUCAAAGACUUCAUUAACAUCCACAGAUAGCUCAGGAUUUGGGAGGACCAUCUCAAAGAAAUCAUUGGACAUGGCAAUCAGACAUAUGGACAUUAGAAAUGGUACCAGUUGCAUUCGUCCACUUUCUGGUACCACCCUCUUCCCUCAGAGCAUCCGGUCUGCAAAUCCAAAAGGGCAAAACGUUCGUACUGCUAGUGCUCCAGCGUCUGUUAAUGGAAACCUGCCCAUCAACGGCAACGGCGUUGUUUCAGAAAAUGGGAAUAAUUAUAUCAAUAGGUCCCCUGAAAAUGGGACCAAAGUAGAGAAUUUUCGACCAUCAGCAAGACUGAGUGAAGUGGACAUCUACGAGAGCUCCCGCUACGAUGCGAUUCUGCUCAAGGAAGACUUGAAGAAUACAAACUGGCUGCAUAGUGCCGAUGAUAAGUCUGAUCAAGGACUGAUCUUUGAUAAUGGAUUUGAGCCUCUGCCUGAACCAUUUGACCCCUUAUAGCACCUGUAGUUAUUUGUUUUGAUAUUUAUAUGUUUUUUUUUUUUUAAAUUUAAUUUUUGGUUCCCUAAUAACUCUGUUGGUUUUAAAGAAGGGAAUCUGAUGAUUUUGCUUCUUUAAGAUUAUAAGAGGAGGGAGGUGUGUGGCUUGUCCUUUGUAUUGUUUGUUUUAACCAGGAGAAGAGAAGAGGGAUCUGAGCCUGUCUGUUGUUGUAUCGUAUGGAGAAAAUUGGUGUAAAAAGCAACAACUACUAGUUGUAUUGGCGGAGUAUAA